AUGGAAAAUUUUUUUACAAAAAGAGUCAAAGAUGUAUUUGCAUUGAUUAAGUCAGGAAAUAACAAAGAAACCAAUUUAAAAAAAAACGAAAAUAUUAAUAAUGACAAAAGUAAGGAUACGAAUUUAACUGAAAUAUCACUAUGUGAAAAAAAAGAAGAAACCAAUAAUAAUACAAUUAUUAGUCCUAAAAAUGAAUUUGAAAAUACAAAAAAAAAAGAUAAUGUUUUAGAAGAAAAUAAACAAGAUCAAAAUUUACAUAAAAAAAGAAAAUUAACAAAAUUGCAUUAUAAAGAAAAUUCAAAUAAUAUUGAUAAUUAUGUCGAUGUAAAAACAGAUAAUGAUGAUAUUAAUAAUGUUACAAAUUCAACGGUUUUAAAAAGUUCAAUAAAAAUUGAAUCUACAUCUAUAGACAAUGAUGUAAUAACCAACACAUCUGCAACUGUCUCGCCUACUAUGGGCACAUCUAAUAUAUAUAAAUUUUUAUUAAUUAAAAAAAAUAAUACUGAAAAUAUAGAUAACAAUAAAAUUGAAAAUGUGAAUAAUACUAUUGAUAAUAAAACAGAAAUAACAAAAAAUGAAAAACUUAAUAAUUCAGAAGAAAACGAUGAUGUGGAAGUAAUAAGCAUUAUAUCUAAUACAUGUGGAAUGGAAAAUGAAAAAAAAAAAAAAAAUAAAAUAAAUUACAUUGAUAAAAGUUCAGACGAAAAAGAAAAUGCAUCAAAAAAACAAAAAACUAAUAAUACAAUAAAUAAUGAAAAAGACAAUAAUAAUAUAAUCAAAAAUCAUGUAAAUAAUAAAAAAGUAAAUAGAAUUGAUGAGAUGUUUAAAAAUUUAAUUAUGGAACAAAAUGAAAAAAAAAAAAAAUUAACUCAAGAACAAAAUAAUGUUCAAAUAGAAUCUUUAAUAUCAAACAAAUCUGACAAUAAUAAUGAUCAAACAUUAUCACCAAAUAAUAAUAAAAUUAUUAACAUUUUUGAAGAAAAACAAAAAAAUAAUAAUGAUGAUAAUACAAUUUCAGAUAACACAAAUGGUUCUCUUGUUACUAAGAUUGAAAUAAAUGAACAAAUUUAUGAACAGAAAAUCGUAAAUAUUUUAGAAAAUAAAAAUAACCAAAUGGAGGUUAAUAAUUGUAUAAAUAUUUCACCCCCUAUUGAUGAGGACAACACUACAAUAUAUGUUUCAAUGGCCCAGAAUGAGGAAAAUAAGGAAAAUCAAAAAGGUGACGAAAAUGAAAAAGAAAUUAUAAAUAUAUAUAAUGAUAUAAAAGACGACGAAAAUCAAAGAGAAAUUGUAAAUAUACAUAAUGAUAUAAAAGAAGACGAAAAUAAUAAUGUUGAUAUUAUAAAUUUAUCCGAAGAAAUAAAUAAAGAAUGUUUUGAAAAUAAUGCUGAAAAAAGUAACAUAAAAGAAGUUGAAAAUAUGAUAAAUACCUCAAGUUUAAAUUUUCCUGAUUUUGCAAUAGAUCAAAGUACAAAGCUAAUUAAUGAAACAGACAAUUUUUUUAACAUGUAUAACUUGACCCUUAAAAUUGAACAUUUACCAAUAAAUCUAUCCAAUGAUAUGAAAAUAUUAAUUGAGAAAAAAAAAUAUAUAAAUAAUUUAAUUAAUGAAUAUAAAGAUGAAUUAAAGGAGAGGAAAAAUUAUGAGACCCAACAAAAUCUUGACAAAAUUGAACCAAAUAAAGAAAAAAAUGAAAAUGAAAUUUCAAGUGACAUAAUAAAUGACCAAAAAUUGUUAUUUUCAGAGCCAUGCAAUGAAAACGACGACAUAGAUGAGAAUAACGAUGCAAGCGAAAAUAACAAUGCAAAUGAAAAUAACAAUGCAAAUGAAAACAAUUUAGACACAAAAAAAUGUGAAACUAUUGCUGACAACAAUGAGACACAUACUAUAGAAGAUGAAGCAAAUUUAGAAAAUAAUAAUUCAACUAUUAAUAAGGCGAAUAAAACUAAAGUAAAUAACAAUAAUAAUGAUGCAAAAAAAAAAAAAAAUGAAAAAAAAAAAACCCAAAAAGCAUCAAACAAAACAGAAAAAAAUUAUGAUUAUGAUGAUUUGUCAUAUUUAAAUGAUGCAGACAAAGAACGUGUUGAAAAGGAGCAUCAAAAUUUUUUAAAUAUAUUAGAGCAAAUUAGUAAAAAUAAAAUAAAUGGCCAAAAUGAUGAUACUAAUAAUAAUAGCAAUAGUAAUAGUAAUAGCAAUAGCAAUGGGAAUAGCGAUAGUAAAUCCGAAUUGGGAAACGUUUCCAGCAACAUUAACGAAGAUAAUAACACAACUUUCGAAAAUAAAGAAAAAUAUAUAAAAGAUUUGAUCAAAGAACUAACCUGUAACAAUGAUGAAAAAGAAAAUUAUAUCAAGUGGAAACAAAUAGAAAAUGAAGAAUUACGAUAUGAAAAAUUAAAAGAAUUAAUUAUAGAUAUGAAAAUAAAAGAAAAAAAAAUAGAUGUAAUUUUAUCUAGUAAUUCAAAUGUUUUUAAAUAUUUUAAUCUAUAUAGACAACUCUAUUUUUUACAUGAAAAAAUGUUAAUUAAUUGGAAUUAUGUUGAAAAUUCAAUAAAUAAAAAAAAUGAUAUAAGAAAUAGAAAUUUACCAUUUCAAUUAUUAGAAUUAGAUAACACAUUAUUAGAAAAUGUACAAAAUUGUUAUGAUGAUAUAUUAUCAGAUAAUUUCUCAGGUAUUAUGCUAACAUUAAAUACUAAAUCAUUUGAAACAAAUGUUGAUGAUAAUUCUAUUUAUUUAUCCAAAAUUAUUUGUGGAUGUUUAAUUGAAUAUAUAGAUAAAUCAGAAUUAAAUAUCAAAUGUAUAUGGGCACAUCCCUUACUUAAUGCAAAAUCUACGUAUUCUAUUUUAUCUGCAUUUUUACCUCGUGUUAUUUUAGAAGCAUUUCUUAAUAACCUUACCCCAACUACUACUAUGGAUAAAUCUUCUACCAUAUUGAAUGCUGAAAAUCACAAAAUUGAGACGACAGAAAUUAUAAAUAAUAUUGAAGAAAAUGUUGAAAAUGUUGAAAAUAUUGGAAAUGCUGGAAAUGCUGGAAAUGUUGAAAAUGUUGAAAAUGUUGGAAAUGUUGAAAAUGUUAAUAUGAUAGAAGAAAGAAAAGAAAAAAAAAAAAACAGUUUUUACAACAGAUUGAACAAACUCAAAGAUUCCCAAAAUCAAGAUUAUAAAGAUGAUUGCAUAAUUAACCAACAAACCCAGUAUUUGAAAAAUUUUGCUUUAUAUGAAUAUCCAGCAAUGUAUUAUUUAAAUUUUAAUAAAAAUUGCGCAUCAAUAAUUAAUGAUUUUUCAGAUAACAAUAAAACCCUUAAUGAUCAAUCUGAACAAAAAUGCAUCAAAGAUCAACAAAAUAAAAAUUAUUCUUAUCCAACAUAUAAUGAAAACAACGAAAUAACUGAUAAAAAAAAUUCAGAGAAAUUUUUAUAUAUAAUAUUUAGCGAUAUAGAUAUAUUUCCUAGACAAUGUUAUUUAUUAUUUUGUUCAUACAAGUACAUGUGUUUAAAUAUGCAUUAUGAGACUGAUACUUGUUAUGACCACUCUGAUUUAAAUUUAAAAAAUUUACAAAAAGAAAAUAUAGGAAAAAAUACUUAUCUUUCAAAUAUUUGCCCAUGUUCAGAAACCAAAGAGGACCUAUCGAACGCAGAGGACACCUGUGAGCGCAUCAUAGGAUGUACCGAAUUGUACAUGUAUUUUAUGCUCCCAAAAAAAGAAGAAAGAGAAAGACUUGGUUUGCUAAAAAGAAAUGGAUGGAGAGAUUUAAUUCCAAACACAUUUGAAGAUGAUAUUAAUGAAAAUAUUUCAAAUCUUUUAAAAAUAAGAACAAAUAUAACAAAUUUAUAUAAUCACAUUAAUAUACAAAAUAAAAUGUAUGAAAAAAGUUAUACAACAACAUAUAUAAACAAAUACGAAUGGUGUGGUCUCAAAAUGAAAGAUAUACGAAAUGCAAUGAAUGAAAACUUUAAUUAUGAAUCUCCAAAAAAAAAAUAA